CCGGCUAUGAUUGACCAAUUGGAACGAGGUGAAGAAUUUUGGAUACCAGAGGGAGAUGUCCCCAGAGGCCCCCGUCCAGGAUGGGAGAAUUGGCCGAAAUCAAACCAUCAUUUCCAAAGCUGGGCAUUUCUCUGGAAGAAUACCAGGGAAGACUCACAAGUUAUGGUCCUCCGGCUCCCUAUCUGGAAGAAACCAUAGAAGGUGGGUCCAGGGUAGAGAGGCAACAGAGUAAUGAGGAAAAACCUUUUGAAUGUAAUGACUGUGGGAAGACCUUCCGCCUGAGCACAGCUCUUGCUAUGCACCAGAGAGUUCAUACUGGAGAAAAACCUUAUGAAUGUAAUGAGUGUGGGAAGGCCUUCAGGCAGAGGGCACAUCUUACUCAACAUCAGAAAAUUCAUUCUGGAGAGAAACCGCACGAAUGUCAAGAAUGUGGGAAGGCAUUUCGCCUGAGCGCAGCUCUUGCUAUGCAUCAGAGAGUUCAUACUGGAGAGAAACCGUAUGAAUGUACAGAGUGUGGGAAGGCCUUCAGGCAGAGGGCACAUCUUACUCAACAUCAGAAAAUUCACACGGGAGAGAAACCUCAUCAGUGUAAAGAAUGUGGGAAGGCCUUUCGUCUCAGCACCGCUCUUACUAUGCAUCAGAGAGUUCAUACUGGAGAGAAACCUUAUCAGUGUAAGGAGUGUGGCAAGGCCUUUCCCUUCAGCACAGCUCUCAUUAUGCACCAGAGAGUUCAUACUGGGGAGAAACCCUAUCACUGUAAUGAAUGUGGGAAGGACUUCCGCAUGAGUACAGCUCUUACCAUGCAUUUGAGAAUUCAUACUGGAGAGAAGCCAUAUGAAUGUGAUGAGUGUGGGAAGGCCUUUUCUAGGAGUACAGACCUCACUCACCAUCGGAGAGUUCACACAGGAGAGAAACCUUACCAGUGUGAUGAAUGUGGGAAGUCCUUCAGAUGGUGGACACAUCUUACUCGACAUCAGAGACUUCAUACUGGAGAAAAGCCUUAUCAAUGUGAAGCAUGUGGGAAGGCUUUCAGCCGCAGAACGCACCUUACUCGGCAUCAGAAAGUUCAUAGUGGGUAGAAGUCUUAGGAAUAUGAGGCUUUUUGUCAGAGUACACACUUAACAGAGUUUAUUCUGGGGAGAAACCUUAUAUAAUUAUUAUGGGAGCAUUAAUAGAAUCACAUACCUCACUCAAUGAUAGAAAAUUCGUACUGGAGACAGAUACAUUUAUCAUGUGGGAAGAUCUGUUAGAACACAACUCUUAGUAUCAGAAUUCAUAUUGGAGAGAUGCCUUACUAAUUUAGUUUUUGGGGAAAGCCUUCUACCCGACCUCACUUCAUUCUGUACAUUAAAAAUUGUAUUGGAUAGAAAUCUUGUCACUAUAAUAAAUCUGCAAAGGCUUUCUAUCAGAGCUUAUUUUUUAACUAAUCAUCAGAGUUCAUACUCAAAAAAUAACUUUCUGAAUGUAGGAAUUCCAUCUGUCAGAAUAAGACAUUUAUUUGACUUCAGAUGAUUCAUACUGUAUAGAGACUUUAUGCAGGAAAGGCCUGCCAGAACACUGCUCUGAAUAUAAUAUUCAUUUAGUAACUGAAAUUAUCAAAAAAAGUCUGAGUGGCUUUUUUAAAAAGAGGCCAUUAAAGAUUAAUUAGGCUUUUUGGGGGACAGGUUUACUACAGUUGUCCUUUCAAAUGAUGCAGGAUACAAUUUAUUGAGAUUUCAAUUAAGUGUUUUGACAGUUUCUCAUGUUCUUGCACAAAAGAAUGCAGAGUUCUAGACUAGAUGAUGGUGCUGUUAGAUGAUUUCAGAACUAGUUGGACAACCAGACCCCCCCAAAUACAGUUAUUGUUAUGUCGGUAACAGUCUGGAGGGAACUCUAGUGGUGUGCUGAAGGGAUUUAUUGUUGGCUUUGUGUUGUUUAACUAUUUUUUUGUUGACUUAGCAUACAAUGGCAUGCUUAUUACAUCUGCAGGUAAUGAAAAACUAGGAGGGACAAUUAAUACAGUAUGUGGUAGGGUCAUAUUUAAAGUUCUUCACGGGCUAGAAUGAAAGACCAAAUGUCUUCCAUUAAAUAAUCACUAUUUGCUUCAGUGGAACUGGGGUACUGUUAUAGCCACUUGCUUUACUAAGGUGCCCUCUUUAUUCUGGAUUCAAGUUUUCCAUCUGUACAGGAUUCAGGCUUGGGAGAGUUUGCCUUAUAUUUGAGAGGAAUGUAUAUUUCUUAAGCUUUUAAGUCCCGAUCCUUAUACCCCAAAGGGAAAAUUACUUAAAAGUAAAAUUUAUGCUUAUAUGUAGGUCUUCCAGGAAUAACAAGGAAAUAAUCCCAAUUUACUUUGAAGUAGAGUGUUACUGGAGGAAAGUAAUUGGGUUGGUGAAAGUCUUUUUCCCCAUGUCAUGGGAGGACUCACUUUUUCCCCAUGUCAGGAAGACUCUUCUGGCAAGUAGAGCUCUCUGAAUAAUGCUGGCAUUUCUCUCCUCCUUGGAUGGUAGAGGUUGGACAACUACUUGUUAGAGAUCAUUAAAAUGGGAAUUCCUUCCAUGCCUGCUGAGAUUUCUUCGAUUAUUCAAAAAAUUCUAUGAAAGAAACACUGAGCAAUGAAUGACGUCUCAAAGCACAGCUUUUACUCUACAUCAGAGAAUUCAUGCUGGAGAGAAAUCAUAAUAUAAUGAAUGUGGAAUGACCACUUGAAAGGUGACAGAUCAUUGAACCUCAUAGUUAUGUUAUUGAAAAACCUUGUGAAUGAAAUAUGAGUGGAAUUUCCAUAAAGUAAAACUUAUCAAAUACCUGAAACUGCAUAUGGGAGAGACUUCAUAGUGUUGGAAUGCUUUUUAAUGAAAUACUCAUAGAAUUCAUCCUGAAUAUAAGCUUAGGAAUGUAAUCAGUGUGAGAAUGUCUCCUGCCAGAAGAUAGGACUUUUCUCAAAUUAGACAACGCUGGAGAAUCUUUGUGAAUGCAGUCUUGAAAAGAUUGUCUACAUCAGAAGAAUUUUUAUUAGUAAGCAAUUAACUAAAACAUUUAGAUUUCAAACUAAAAUCAAAUUUUAAAAUUGAUUUUAAAAAUCAAAAACAAAAUCCCUAGUUUCUCAUAGUGGUUGUUCCAAACCCUUCCCUGUUCAAGUUUCCUGAAAAUUUUCCUCAACUAGAAUCCAUGAUUAUGUUAGAAGACUUAGUAUUCUCUGAGGAAAAUUGUGGCGAUUUCAUAAGUGCUUUCUCCCUCCUUCCCCCCCAAUUUUAGUCUUGUAAACUACUCAAAAUCAUCAUUACCUGCUCUCUUGCAUUUUAGUCAGAGGGAGAGGUGAUGAGAUUCUACAUCUGGUGCUAGAAAGAACCUCAGGAGAUCCUCUAACACAACCUCAUUUUACAAAUGAAAUCAGUUUAGAGAUGUGUAAGUCACUUGCCAGAGGUCACACAAUAAGUGCCUAAGACAUGCUUCAGCUCAAUCCUCUGAUUCAAGAGCCUUUCCAUGGCAACACUAAUAAUCUUGGCUAAGGUCAAAGUCUCUACUUCUGGCCUUGAUUCUAUCCCUUUCACUGAAGAACUUAUUCCAACAAUAAUUUUCCUUCUUCAGUCUUUGCUGGCUCCUUAUCAGCUUCUUACAGGCAUAAUUCUAAUUCAUCUUUUUUUAUUAAUAUAGUUAAACCCUGGGAAGUUAAUAGUUGUUUGAAUGGGAGGAAGCAAUAAUUUAUUUAAGUCUUGCCAGUACAGGGUUAUUUAGAAGGUAGGGGGAAUUUCCAUUGCUAAGUGGAAUACAGCACUCUUUUAUAGUGAAAUCUUGUAGAAUGAUUUAGAGAAGAUAAUCUCAUUUAAUGGGGUCAGAUUCCCUACCCCCAACUUCCUAUUACCCAGAGCUAUCAAAAGAAGGUUUGGGGUUACCCCUGGGUUAUAGCUUUGGGAGAGCAGGUAACCAGAAGUUUGACAAGAAGCUUCUAAAGUUUUUCUUUUUGAUUAAUUUUGCUUUUUUUUUUCUUCUUGUUUAUCGAGGAUAUAGAAGUCUGUUAUCUCUGCCCCUACUUUCUCAGCUAGUGAAUAAUGUUAGUGCCACUGGACAUCCUGCUGUUCUCCAACAUCUAUCUUUUUCUGAAUCGAAUAGAGAAAUGGAAGCAUUUCUUAAUUUUUCUUCUUUCUUUCCAGUCGUCUUUUUCAGCAAAGACCAGAAGCUUGACCUUGUUUUCAUGUCUGAAGUAUUGUGUUUACUGUGUGCCAGACACAGUUCAUGUUUGUUCUUUUUCAUAUGGGAAUCGAAUUAAUAUCCCUCUCUCUAGACCAAUAGUUUGUAUUUAUUUCAUGGGGUUCAGUCUUGCUGGUGUGAUAUGAAUGUAGCUUAAUGAUCCCAAUAGUUCUUGUACUCCCAACAGAUUGUGGGGUAUAGCAGUUAACAGCUGGUGGGAAUUGGGAAUUUCUUUUCUAGCAGGUUUAGUAAUGCUUCCAAGUACUUUGUUUUUUUCCUAGUAUAUUUAUUUUUUAAUACACAUUGCUUUAUGAAUUAUUUUGGGAUAGAAAAAUCAGAGCAAAAGGGAAAAUCAAUGGCUUCUCAAUAUUUUAAAGAAACAGCUGACUUCUCAUGACUACCCUUUGUGCUACCAUCCCUUUUCUUUUUCUGUCCAUUACCUCUCAAACUUUCUAAACUGAAUGUCUUCAGAUGUCACGUUCUCUAUUCCAUAGAUUCUGGUUUUUGUCCCAACCAUUCUACUAAAAAAAUCCGCUGCAACGAUCUAAUCACUAAAUUUAAUAGCAUUUUUUUUUCCUUACCUCUGAAGUAUUUUACUGAACCAUGGUUUCAAAGGUGCUGUGCUUGCUUCUUCAUCUUUAACAGCUUCUAUCUUCUUGGCUUUUUCCUGACUGUUUAAGGCAGAUGAGACAGUUGGUGAAGUGGAUAAAGUGCUAGGCUUGGACUAAAGAAGUCCAGAAGUAAAAACCAGCUUUGGACAUGUAGCUGUGUGACCGUGGUCAAGUCAUUUAACUUCUCAGCUUCAAGUUUUCUCAUCUAUAAAAUGAGGAGAAUAA